AAUCUCAAUGAUUGGUCCAAUGAGUCACAGCCAGUAAGUGGGGGUGAAAUGUAUGAAUGGCUUCAGACCUGCUGCCUGAAAUGAUACAUCAGCGCUUUAGCUGAAGUUCUUGUUGGUGUGUUUGUUCGUUGGAAAGUCCAAAAGAACUGGGUUGUUCAGGCGAAAACGAUGUCGGACGCGGAAGGGGCUGCCAGUUCAGAGCGGCUGAACACGUUUGAGAAAAUGUCAAGCAGGCCGCCGAACGGAGCCACGCUAGCAGAUCAUCGAACACCCCCUGCCCGCAGUGGACAUCGCUGCGUUGCUGACAACGCUAACUUGUAUGUGUUUGGAGGUUACAACCCUGACUAUGACGAGUCAGGAGGCUCGGAGAAUGAAGACUACCCGCUGUUCAGGGAGCUGUGGAGGUACCACUUUGCUACCGGCUGUUGGCAGCAGAUACAAACCAAAGGCUACAUGCCUACAGAGCUGGCGUCUAUGUCAGCCGUUCUGCACGGGAACAACCUCCUGGUGUUUGGUGGAACUGGGAUCCCCUUUGGUGAAAAUAACGGCAAUGACGUUCACGUCUGUAAUGUGAAUUACAAGCGAUGGUCGCUGCUCAACUGUCGAGGGAAGAAACCCAAAAGAACCUAUGGACAGGCAAUGGUCAUCAUAAAUGGCUUCCUGUACGUGUUUGGGGGAACGACAGGCUACAUCUACAGCACAGACCUGCACAGGCUGGACCUGUCCACCCACGAAUGGAUUCACCUUAAACCCAACAACCCCCCCGACGACAUGCCUGAAGAACGCUACAGGCAUGAAAUAGCACAAGAUGGACAGAGAAUCUAUAUUCUGGGAGGAGGAACGUCUUGGACAUCAUAUCCUCUGGAUAAGAUUCAUGCCUACAGUCUAGAGACAAAUUCCUGGGAGGAGAUCACAACUAAACCUCAUGAAAACAUAGGAUAUCCUGCUCCUCGACGAUGCCAUAGCUGUGUGCAGAUACAUAAUGACGUAUUUAUAUGCGGAGGCUAUAACGGGGAGUUGAUUUUGGCGGAUUUGUGGAAGAUCAACCUUCACACUUUCCAGUGGAGUAAACUUCCAGCAGAGAUGCCUGAGCCAGCCUACUUUCACUGUGCUGCAGUUACCCCGUCUGGCUGCAUGUACAUCCACGGCGGAGUAGUAAAUAUCCACGAGAACAAGAGAACUGGCUCUCUGUUCAGGAUCUGGCUGACUGUGCCCAGCCUGCUGGAACUUUGCUGGGAGAAGCUUCUCAAGGCAUUUCCCCACCUGGCUUCUCUUCCCGCCUUUCAUCUGUUUAACCUGGGCCUCCCGCUGGAGCUCGUAGAACGCUUAAAAUGAGCCCAGCAAAGGGAAGAAGCGGACGGGUCGGUCAAAAGACAUGAAUCAAAAGGAACGUCGUCCCUUCUCCUGCCUGAUGUAGCCCCGCCUUAAAACCAAAAACUAUGGGAUGCCUUUUAAGUUGUGUUCCUUCCUUUUGUCAUGAUGACUCUAUAUGGAAUGUUUUAUGGAUUUUACUAAAAUUCCCAUGCUGCCACUUGGCUUCAACAAACUGACACUUGUAAAAAAAAAAAAAAAGUUUAUUUUGCCAAGUCAAACACUGUCCGCUGUCGUUUUUAGACAGCAACCUCCUCUGGGAAGAAAACUGAAGUAUAUUUAAGGACUAAAUGACUUUUGCUGGUGUUUUAUUCCCAUCAACUGCUGUUUGCACAUUUUGUUUGGUUUUUGUAGUUAUUCUACAUUUAGUCUACAACACAUGCCAAUGUUUUCUCACAUUUUAGAGCAUGUAACACCCUUCUGCCAUGUUUUCUUUGCUACAAAGGGACUUUCCAAGCUGAAAGCUGCAUCAUUUAAGUUCGAACAUCAGUUCUUUAGUUACUUUUUCAGACCCUAUUUAUUCAACAUGUUUCAAUCACACAUGCUGCCAGCUUAAAUGGAAGUGGGGGAAAUGAACUUGAGCUUUGAGGAAAACGGAUCUGUGAAUAUUAGAUAUAAAAAAGUGUUUUUUGUUGCUGUUGCAUGUCUGCUUUUGCCUUUUUCUUCGUUUUAUCAUAAAUCUGCUUAACUUGGAAGGCAGUUGAGCAUCAGCACUAUUGUUUGUGGCGUUCAUUUAAAACCAAGCGAUGCAUCACUGACCGCGGUGCUUUUAAGCUUCUUUGAAAUUUGUUUUUCCAAUAAAGAAUUCUGUUCAUCUUUGCUA